AUGGCAUCUCACUCACUUCCCGAAAGUUACGCCUCUCUAGAUCUCCCAACUCUCCAGCUCUUCCACCAUCCCCCCUCCUCAAGGGAAGUCACCCCCGUCAUAGUCAUCAAGCUUCACCGUCCCGAAGCUCGAAAUGCAUUCACCGACACCAUGGCUGCGUCUCUAUCCCAUGCGCUAAACACCCUAUCGGGUGAUCCCCGCGUUCGCGCUAUAGUCCUCACCUCAUCAGAUCCAAAGAAUCGCAUGUACUGCGCGGGCAUGGACUUCAACGAGGAGCACGCACUUGGUAAAGACGCUGCUGACCAUCGCGACUCGGGCGGCAUCGUUACUCUGCCCAUGUAUCGUUGCAACAAACCCGUCAUCGUUGCCAUAAACGGCUCGGCUGUCGGCGUGGGCAUAACCAUGACUCUGGGCGCCAACAUCCGUGUUGUGAGCCGCGAUGCCCAAAUUGGCUUUGUGUUUGGUCGCCGUGGUUUCAGCAUGGAGGCGUGCAGCAGCUUCUUCCUCCCGCGCCUGAUAGGGACCAGCCGCGCUCUGCAUCUCACCACAACGGGUGGCGUCUACCCAGCCACGCACCGGCUUUUCGACGGACUCUUCAGCGAGAUCGUUGCCCCAGACGAAGUCCUGCCUACGGCGCUCAAGAUCGCCGAUGAGAUCGCGACUAAUGUAAGCGGUGUUUCCGCACGUGUGAUGAAAGACAUGAUCUACCGCGGCGCAUCGUCGCCCGAGGAGGCGCACCUUCUUGAGAGCAAGAUCUUUUGGGAUUUGUUUACGGGUAAAGACGCCAAAGAAGGAAUGAAGAGUUUCCUGGAGAAGAGAAAGCCAGACUUUACUGGGACUAUGGACAAGAAUGCGCCCAGCAUCUACCCGUGGUGGACACCAGUUGAUAUUGCCAGACCCAAGUUGUAG